AUGACGGAUUACUGGGUGAGCACAAAGAAGCACUACUGCGAAACGUGCAACUGUUGGCUGUCUGGGCACAGGGUUAACAUAAAGAAUCAUGAAAAGAGCGCGAGGCAUAUCGAGAAUUUAAAGAAAGUGAUCAGCGAAUCGUUUAAGAGGAAGGAACAGGAAACGAAAGAGAAAGAGUUCCUCGAAAGGGAGCUAAAAAAAUUAGAAAAUGUGGAAAGGAAAGUGCUGUCUGAUUUGAAUAAAAAUGGGACAUCCCCUCAUCGAAGCGGCGACAUCAGUUUGAAUGUUUCGAAUGCGCACUCCAAGAGUAGAAGUGGCAAUCAGAGCAGCAGCAAUAAUGAGGGGGUUAACACAAGUAGUACCUCCCCUAGUAGCAACCCAGCUAGCCGCAAAAACAAAAAGUGGGUUCCAAUGAUACAUGAAGAUACUCGUUCUUUAGUAUUCUUCAAUAGACUGAAAAACGAAAUUGUGCACGAAAAGCCAAAAGAUUUUUUCGAAGAUUUCCCCGAACAUGAAUCAUUUGUGGAGCAAAAUGGAUGGUACAAAUACUUUGAUUAUAACUCCAACAGUUUUUACUACUUCAAUAUUUACAGCUCGAAAAGUGUGUGGGAGUAUUCACUCAGCAGGAUAAAUAGCUUGAUGGAUUUUAUCAAUCGAUGUGAACAGGCUGCACAGAAAAAUAUAAGUUCUGGUAAUCCCGCAGAAGUUGCAAGUCUGAGUAUGCAUGCGGGCCCCGUGGCCAGUCAGCAUCAUCUCCAUUUGGGUGGACCCCCCUACUACGUGAAUUACUCGCAAAUGUUCACCCCGCAGAGUUACAGUGUAUAUGCUACGAACAAUCCGUUAAGCAAUCCGGCAGGGACCGCGCCGCAGAUGGUUGAAAGUACAAAAGAGGGGAUGAUUCAACAGAGCAGUGACAACGGCGAUGGUAAUAUUCCUGUGUGUGAUGGGAGUCGUGUGCACAGUAGUACCCAUUAUGGUAAAGUACACGAUGCAUCUCCAGCGAAGUUGGCCGAUCGGGUUGGUGAAAAUGGAGGAAGAAUCGCAAAAGAAACGGACGCCCAAGAAGGAAGCAAUGCAAUGGAGGAAGGAAAUCCAAAGGAGAAUCCCCCAUAUGAAAUGAGCGAAAGGGGAUUUAAAGAGAGUAGUACACAUUUUGAAGGGAAGAAAAAAAAGGCGAACAUUUCUUUAUCGUUUAAGAAGGCAGAAGGUGUAGGUACACCUCCGCAUGGCAGGAAAGAGAAUGAAAAAAGUAACAUGGGGGGAGGGGACCAACUUGUGGAAAGCAGUACCGCUCAACAGGACGAGAGUGCCAAACCUGGCAUGUGGGAAGUGGUGGAGAAUAAUGAUGUAGAGACAAUUUCAAAUGAGCAUAUAGAACAAAUUUUUUACAACGUCAAAUCGAAGGAGGAAAUUGAAAAGGAAAAAAUUGCACAGCUAGAGGAAGAUAUUCGCUACGAAUAUUCUGAAUAUAAUGAAUUUUAUAUAAAAAAAAAAGAAUUAGAAAAUGAGGAAAUAUAUUUAAACCAGGAAUUCAAAUUCGUGGACAAGCCUAUAUAUAAGAAAGCCAUUGAUAAGAAUCGUGACAAGAAGGUGGACUUUGCCAAGCGCAGCAUUAAGGGAAUGAAGAAUAAAAAAAAAAUCUCAUAG